AUGUCAACUAAAAGAGAAGACCAUUUAAAGAAAGGAGCAGAUGUCACACCUACUGAAGCUUUAGCGGCUGGUUCAAUAGCAGGGGCUAUUUCUCGUGCAUUCACUGCUCCAUUAGAUACUAUCAAAAUACGACUUCAAUUACAACCUAAAGGGUUUAAACAUCGGAAAUCGGUGGUCACAAUAGUGAAAAAUCUAUUAGAAAAUGAAGGGAUAAUUGCAUUAUGGAAGGGUAAUGUUCCAGCUGAGAUACUAUAUAUUUUAUAUGGAGGAGUUCAAUUUGGUUCAUAUUCAGUAAUAAGUAAACUGGUUUCCAAAUUAGAAAAGAAUUAUCGUAUCAACUUAUCUUCAGCUAAUCAUUCAUUGAUUGUUGGUACAGGUUCCGGGAUUGUAAGUACUUUAGUUACUUACCCGUUUGACUUAUUACGAACGAGAUUGAUUGCCAACAAAAAUCGUGGUCUACUAUCAAUGACAGGAACAAUAAAAGAUAUAAUUAAACUGGAAGGAAUACGUGGGAUUUAUGCGGGUAUACGACCAGCAAUGUUAUCGGUUUCAAGCACUACAGGACUAAUGUUUUGGUCAUACGAAUUAGCGCGUGAGUUUUCCAAUAGUUAUCAACGAGUUCCAUUUAUCGAGGCAAUUUGUGGAUUCAUAGCUGGAGCUACUUCCAAAGGUAUCACAUUUCCUUUAGAUACUUUGAGGAAAAGAUGUCAAAUGUGUUCUGUGGUCCAUGGAAGACCUUAUACAGCUCUGCAUAUAUUUGUAACCAUACUAAAGAAUGAAGGUGUUUUCGGGUUAUAUAAAGGGUUUGGAAUAAGUGUAUUGAAAACUGCACCAACAAGUGCACUUUCAUUAUUCAUGUAUGAGUAUUCGCUAUCGUUUAUUAGGAGAAUUAGAGUUAUAGAGUGA